CUGUUCUCAAUGAAGACGAAACAUACAUCAGCCCUACUGGAAUGAUAACCCUGGUCAUGACGACACCACUGUUGAGUGGGAGGGAUGGUACCGGUUUUAUCUCCAAGGAAGAAGUGCUCAGAUAUCUGAGGGAUGUGUGAGCUACAGCAGAUGUGGUGGUCAUACUCCACUGGUGCUUGGUGGCUCUCACCCACGAGAACAGGAUGGCAUUGUUACACGAAGUGUUCUGGCGUUCUCUGAUACCAACUGCAAUUCAUCGUCCCAAUCCAAACCAAUCCAAGUGAAGGCCUGUCCAGGACAUUACUAUGUCUACAAACUCGUCAGGCCAGAUGUGUCCAAUGUAGUGCCAACAUACUGCGCAGUGGCUUACAAUUACCCAAGCACUGACCCCUGUGAUAACUACACUGUACUGGACCAAUCCUGGAGAGCCACAGACAAUGCAGAACGGAACUAUGACAAUUACUACUGGUUGUGGUGGUACACAUGGUGCGACAGCUACACAAGCUGGAACGGAUGGUAUCGUCUUCUGUAUCACGGCAAUAACACCCGGAUGCCAGAGUCAUGUGUUAAUCAGGGCAUGUGUGGCACUGAUAUCCCUCUCUGGCUGAAUGGUUCUCAUCCUCGACUGGAAGAUGGAGUGGUCAGUCGGCAGGUCUGUGGGAGCUGGUACGGUGACUGCUGCUAUUUUAAAUCUUACCCUAUUCAAGUGAAAGCCUGUCCUGGAAAUUACUAUGUAUAUGAGUUUGUCAGUCCAGUCACCUGCUCAUCAGCAUAUUGUGCAGAUGUUGCACAUAUUACUAUGACUGAGGCCCCCACUACAGCAAUGGUGGACCCCUGUAAGGAGCUGAACUGCACUGCAGACGAGUGGUGUGGGGAGAGCAAUGGGGUCUAUGGCUGCUUCUGUAAUGAGAACCAUCCCAGACCAGGCAACGACUCUUAUGACUCCAAAGAAGAGUGUGAGAGCAGCUCUGGCACCAUGUCUCUGUCCCGCUGUCAGCUCUUUGAAGCUGGUUUCUCUGCUGACCUCCUGCACCUGAGCGACCCCAACUGCACAGGGACAAUCCAGAACGGCAGACUGGUCUUCCAUUUUAAUAACGAUGACCAUAUCUGUGGCACCAGUCUCAUGGCCAACGGAACCCACUUCAUCUAUGAGAACACUAUCCAGGGGGGAGCAGAAUCAGGAGGAGGGCCCAUUCACAGAAAGAAAUAUCUGGAACUGCAGUUCUCCUGCAUUUAUCAGAUCAGCCAGACCCUCUCCAUGGACACCGAAUUAACCCCUCUGCAGAGCGUAGUGCACAAGAACCUUCCAGAUGGUCAGGGGAUGUACCAGGUCAGAAUCGUUCCCUAUCAGGAUGCUGCCCUCUCCCAACCUUACAACGGCAGUGUGAAGAUAGUGGUGGACGAGAGGAUCUACGUGGGAGUGUUUGUUCAGGGGGUGGACAGUCGUCAGAUUGCCACAGUGAUAGACUCAUGUUGGGCCACUCCUGAGAGGGACCAGCACCAUGCUGUCCGCUGGCAUCUCAUCACUAACAGAUGUCCUAAUUCAGCAGAUAAGACAGUGGAAGUUCUUCAGAAUGGUGUCUCCACUACUGGCCUUUUCUCCUUCAAGAUGUUUGCCUUUAACGGGAACUACCAGAAGGUUUUCCUUCAUUGCUCCAUUUACCUUUGCCUUCUGCAAAACAACAACUGUGCAGAGGACUGUGUCCCUGGAUUUCACCCAAGGGUUGGCCGGUCUGUGAACAACCAUGACCUGGCCUCCAUAUCUGUGGGACCAUUCAUUUGGACAACUUAAAGCACAGGUGCAUGGACUCCACAGAUAAUGAAGGUUCAGAUCUUCUGACUCUACACACCCUUAGAAAGAACGAUUAUACACAACCCUGAUCUAAUCUCUUUUCAGUAAUUGUGCCACUAGUGCCAUUCUGAAUUUUUAUUUCAUUUUAAUAAUCUGCUUGGGAAUGAGUUUCUGCAACUGAAGAAAUAUAUAUAAUCAAGAUAUGCCGACUGUUAAAUUACAUACAUGAGCAUUAUUCGCCACUGACUUUGAUUUUUGUUGAUUUUUUUCAAAUAUGGAUAUAAUUAUCCAUGAUUACUUUAUGGUGAUUACUUUAUAUUAGCAUUAUAUAAUAAAUGUAUCUGACAAGCAUUA